AUACCCUCACCCAUUUCAUUUACCCGUCCAUGGGGCUCAAUUGCCGCCUCACACUUUUAAUCCACAAAUCCCUUAUCCAUUUUUCAAAAAACUUUUCAACAUGGCAAUCUGAGCUCAUUGCCAUGUACACGACUGGCAGGACGAACCCAAUCCACCAAAAAUCUCAGAAUCAGCUCCCAACGGAUUAAAUCAACUUCAAUGCAGUUAGACCCUUAAACUUCUUUAAUUCGAAGUGAUUCUCAGAACCAGUCUUCUACAAUUCCACCCUCAUUCAUUAUUACAUUUUUUUGUUAUUUUAUCCAGUACAAGUCCAAUUCUUCUCCAAUUCCGCCCUCAUAUUAAUUCUUCUUCCACUUGCAGCUCUGCAAUCUUUGCAAGAAUGGCAGCUCAAAUGCUAGCAGGAGCCUUCUUGAGAGGGGAGCAUGGAGCAACACCUUGUGCUUCACAUCAAAUUCAUAUCCAAAGUUCUUCAGUUGGGCCUUGCUCAACUUCUGCGCUUCCAUCCCCGUUCAGUUCGUCUCCUCCAUCAGUUCAUUACCAUGGUCUCUGUUCUCAUUCACAUUCACCAGGAGAAUUGUGCUGCUCUUUUUCAAACAGAAAGGGCAGGAUAUCGAGCUGGGAGGGUGGAACUGCUCCUUCCAGGGGCUGCAGGGAUGUUAAAGCAACUGCUGUGGCAUCUUUAGGUGGCCUGCUUGGUGGAUUGUUUAAAGGAAAUGACAUGGCAGAGACAACCAGACAACAGUAUGCUGGAGCUGUGGCUGCUGUGAAUGCUUUGGAAGAAAAAAUGUCACAAUUAUCGGACGAUGAAUUGAGGGGCAAAACUGUAGAGUUCAAACAACGAAUAACCAAGGGAGAAUCAUUGGACUCACUUCUACCGGAAGCAUUUGCAGUUGUUCGGGAAGCUUCUAAAAGAGUGUUGGGCCUUCGACCAUUUGAUGUGCAGCUGAUAGGAGCCAUGGUUCUUCACAAGGGAGAAAUUGCAGAAAUGAGGACAGGAGAAGGGAAAACACUUGUUGCAGUUUUACCUGCUUACUUGAAUGCGUUGGCUGGAAAAGGAGUGCAUCUUGUUACCGUGAAUGAUUAUCUUGCUCGACGGGAUUGUGAAUGGGUUGGUCAAGUGCCUCGCUUCCUGGGACUUCAGGUUGGCCUUAUUCAACAGAACAUGUCAAGCGAACAGAGGAGAGCAAAUUACUCAUAUGAUAUGACUUAUGUUACAAACAGUGAACUUGGGUUCGACUACCUGAGAGAUAAUCUUGCCACGAGUGUUCAAGAUCUGGUUUUGAGAGGCUUCAAUUUUUGUAUCAUUGAUGAGGUUGAUUCCAUCUUGAUUGAUGAAGCAAGAACACCACUUAUUAUAUCUGGAAGUGCAGAGAAGCCCAGUGACCGAUACUAUAAAGCUGCAAAGAUUGCAGAUGCAUUUGUCAGAGAUGUGCAUUACACUGUUGAUGAAAAGCAGAAAACAGUUCUGCUAAGUGAGCAGGGAUAUGAGGACGCUGAAGAGAUUUUGGAUGUAAAAGAUCUAUAUGAUCCUCGAGAGCAAUGGGCAUCAUUUGUGCUAAAUGCCAUAAAAGCAAAGGAGCUGUUCUUGAGGGAUGUAAAUUACAUUAUUCGUGGCAAGGAGGUUCUAAUUGUGGAUGAGUUUACAGGCCGUGUCAUGCAGGGCAGACGUUGGAGUGACGGACUGCAUCAAGCAGUUGAAGCAAAGGAAGGUGUACCAAUUCAAAAUGAGACUGUUACACUGGCUUCAAUAAGUUAUCAGAAUUUUUUUCUUCAGUUUCCCAAGCUCUGUGGCAUGACUGGUACAGCAGCAACUGAAAGUACAGAGUUCGAGAGUAUAUACAAGUUAAGGGUGACGGUGGUUCCUACCAAUAAGCGAAUGAUACGAAAGGAUGAAUCUGAUGUAGUAUUCAGGGCAGCCACAGGAAAAUGGCAAGCUGUUCUUGUAGAAGUUUCACGGAUGCAUAAAACUGGUCGUCCUGUACUGGUUGGUACUACAAGUGUUGAACAGAGUGAUUCAUUAUCAGAACAAUUGAAAGAAAUCGACAUUCCUCAUGAGAUUCUCAAUGCAAAACCAGAAAAUGUGGAGAGAGAAGCAGAAAUAAUAGCCCAAAGCGGACGCCUUGGAGCUGUCACGAUUGCAACAAAUAUGGCAGGCCGAGGAACAGAUAUAAUAUUAGGUGGAAAUGCAGAAUUUAUGGCAAGGUUGAAGUUGCGUGAACUUCUCAUGCCAAGGAUCGUCAAUGCAAUCAAUGAAGUGCAGCUUGAAGGAAAACAGAAAUUACCAGUUAGGAAGAAUUGGAAAGUGAACAAAAAUCUUUUUCCAUGCGAAUUGUCUCCAGAUAAUAUGUCCUUGGCUGAGAACGCAGUUCAGAUGGCUGUCAGAACAUGGGGUAAGAGAUCGUUGACUGAGCUUGAAGCAGAAGAUCGCCUGUCAUAUGCUUGUGAAAAGGGUCCAACCCAAGAUGAAGUCAUUGCAAAUCUACGCAGUGUGUUUGAAUCUAUUGUUAGAGAGUACAGAAUCUACACAGAAGAGGAGAAAAAGGAGGUGAUUGCAGCUGGUGGACUUCAUGUAUUGGGUACAGAGCGGCAUGAAUCAAGGCGUAUCGAUAAUCAGCUGCGGGGACGUAGUGGCAGACAAGGGGAUCCUGGAAGUUCAAGAUUCUUUUUAAGUCUUGAAGACAAUAUUUUUCGAAUUUUUGGUGGAGAUCGCAUACAGGGUUUAAUGAGGGCCUUCAGAGUUGAAGACUUACCUAUUGAGUCAAAAAUGCUUACAAAAGCAUUGGAUGAAGCUCAGAGGAAGGUGGAAAACUACUUCUUUGAAAUUCGUAAAAACCUCUUUGAGUAUGAUGAGGUCCUCAAUAGCCAACGUGAGCGUGUUUAUACAGAACGCAGACGUGCUUUGGAAGCAGAUAAUCUUCAACCUCAACUAAUUGAGUAUGCAGAACUCACCAUGGAUGAUAUUCUGGAAGCAAACAUUGGUCCAGAAACACCAAAGGAAAAUUGGAAUCUUGAUGCUCUGGUUACAAAAUUGCAACAGUAUUGCUAUUUGUUAAAUGAUUUGACACCGGAAUUGCUAGUAGAAAAGUGCAGCAGCUAUGAUAGCCUGCAGGAAUAUCUUCGAUUUCGUGGUCGAGAGGCAUACUUGCAAAAAAAGGAAGAGAUAGAAAAAGAGGCUCCUAGUUUAAUGAAAGAAGCGGAACGUUUUUUUGUGUUGACCCAUAUUGACCGUCUGUGGAAGGAACAUUUACAAGCAAUUAAGUUUGUCCAGCAAGCUGUGGGUUUGCGUGGUUAUGCUCAGCGAGAUCCACUUAUAGAGUACAAAUUAGAAGGCUACAAUUUGUUUUUGGAAAUGAUGGCUCAAAUUCGGCGUAAUGUUAUAUAUUCCAUUUAUCAGUUCAAACCAGUAAUGGUCAAGGCUGCAAAAGAUCAAGCUCCCAACCAGGGUAGGAAAGAUCCAACUGGUCAGCAAGACACAGUCAAUGGCAUGAACUCCCAAAUAACUGAUGAUAGUGACUCAGUCCCUGCAGCUCAAGUUUCAUCAUAGUUUGUUGAACACUGCUAGAGCAACUAAUGGGAACGGAUAAGCAAUAGAAGCUUAAGAAUUGACAUUAUAAUUGUGGUGUAGCGUUAUUUAGCAGGUUGAUAUACCUGAAUAUUCAUUUGGGAUUUGUGGAUUUGUAAAUCUUUUCCACACCUAAGAUGUAUCAUGUACAUUAUUCAUUAAAAAAAAAUUAAUAGACCAAAUAUUUAGUAUUUAGAUUU